AUGCCAGCUCCAUACGAAAAAGGUUCCGCCAAGAAGGGUGCUACUCUCUUCAAGACCAGAUGUGCACAAUGCCACACCAUCGAAAAGGGUGGUCCAAACAAGGUUGGUCCAAACCUUCACGGUGUCAUGAGCAGACACUCUGGUCAAGUUGAAGGCUACUCUUACACCGAAGCUAACAAGAGAGCCGGUGUCGAGUGGUCCGAACAAACCAUGUCCGACUACUUAGAAAACCCAAAGAAAUACAUUCCAGGUACCAAGAUGGCCUUUGGUGGUUUGAAGAAGCCAAAGGACAGAAACGACUUGGUCACUUACAUUAAGGAAGCCUCUUCUUAA